UAGGGAGGGAGUCACAUCCCAAAUCAUUGUGUGUCUGAACCCGAAGGGAACAUGCUGCGCUGCUUCUGCCUGUCACUGCUGGUUGUCACUGUCUCUGCAGGACACCCAUGUACUUCUUUCCCUGCCAGCCUGAAGCAGUUGGAUGCCGGCAGUGGGAUGGUGUUUGGAGUCUCGGACAGUGGACAAGUUUUUAACUGGACGGGAAAUGAAUUCCUACCGGUAGCUGGACAGCAGUUGGCACAUGUCACCGUGGGACCUGCUGGCGUUUGGGGAGUGGCCAAAGAUAAUGUUGUGUACAAACUGCAAGGCACACAAUGGAAAACAAAAACAGGGCAAAGUCUAAAACAAGCAGACGCUGGUGGAAGUGCAUUUCUAGUUGGGGUGAACACCAACAAUAUCACUGUCUGCCUGAACAAUGGCUUCACCUCAACCAGGUGUACGGCUGUGAAAUUCUCUACCAUAGAAGGGAACUUCAUCUACUACAGUUGUGGCCUCCGCGGCUGCUGGGCAGUGAGCAGUGACCCCACCAACAAUGUGUUCUACCGGGAGAAUGUCAAUCAGACUGUGUGUCAGGGAAGCUCCUGGACUCGGGUGAAUGGGAACAUGAUUAAGGUUGAGAUUGGGACGGAUGGGACUGUCUUUGCUGUUGACUCAGACGGCUACCUGUACAGAAGAUCUGGGAUCUCUGAUGUUAAUCCGACUGGAACCGGAUGGGAUGUCCAGAACUACCCUUUGUACAUCAGCCAUGCUACUUAUGAUGAUGGAACUUUGUGGUUUGUUGCCGAAAAUGGCGUGGUUCUUAAAUGUCGAGUUUCUUAAAUGUCGAGUUUCUGGCUCAGGAGCGGCUUGAAAUACAUUUGCACUCUGUGAUUUUAUUCAGUCUGGGUAAGAAAAAAAAUAUUUCCACGCAAACUAGGGUCACGGCAGAAGCAUCUUGGACUUAUGGAAGACUUGGAAACUAUGUCUUCAUCAAAGGUCUGUCCUACUUUCCUGAACUUUCUUGAACCAAGUAGGAAGAUUUGUGGAUUCUCUGUUUAUAUGGACUGUCCCACGUAUCCACCAGCUCAGACCUGGUACUAACUGUACCUAGCACAGAAAUAUUCUCUCCCCAUGGGGUUUUAGGGAAUCCUUAUGUUACACCCGACCCGACUUCAACCGCCAUGCCAGUACUUGAGGUUGGUUAACUUUAAAUGCUAUUUAAAGGCUAAACUAAACUAGAUGUUUAAAAUUAACUGUACCCACCCAGAGGUGCAGCAGUCCACGAGCCUGGGGUCUGUGGCACGAGCAUAAUUACUGUUGCUAAAUAACAUUAUACAUUGUCUUAAACGGGAUGUUUGACAUUAUAUUAAUUAUGAUAUUAAGUUAUACAUGGACCUAUUUUAAGAAACUUUAACAUUGAGGGCUGUAAUUUGUUUAUCCCUUUUCUGUUGAUCUUCUAGAAACUUCUAAAUCCGGCUAACGGGGAGGCAUUAACUAUAUUUAAUUUCGAUGCCAUUGGUGCAGCCAGAGUGUUUUUUUUUUUUUACAUGAGCUGGUAUAGUGACACUAGAUUGUUAGCUCCAUUGGGGCAGGGAUAAAGUAAUGCAAUGAAUAAACAGCACUGUAUACAUUGUA